AGCCGACCCCGCGACGUCUCCACGAUAUUCACACACUUCAGUCAUGGCGCCCUCUUACGACAAUCUACCUAUAGACGAUGACUUUGACGAAUCCGAGAUCGACUUUUCAGAUCUCCAAGAACAAUAUGAAGUGCGCCUUGAGGAGGGUCUGGACGCCUUCGUCGUGCUAGAUGGUCUCCCGCGCGUACCAGAAGACAGCAAAGCAAAGCUACAAAAAUACGUGAUUCGCAAGCUCACUGAGGCUGCGAAGCCAAGAGAGGAUGGUUUCUUCAUGCCCACAAACGAUGAGGGCAUGACUGAAGGAUUCGCCUUUGUUGAAUUUGGGUCUCCUGCAGAGGCAGCUGCCGCGGUCAAGAAAUGCCACGGUGUCCCGCUCGACAAGAGACACAAUAUGGCAGUCAAUAAGCUAACAGAUAUUGAACGCUACGGUGGUGGAGGACGUAUCGAGGAUGAAUACACUCCUCCCACAAUUCAACCUUUUGAGCAGAAGGAGCACCUAAGGUCGUGGCUCGGAGAUGUGGACGGUAGAGAUCAGAUGGUCAUGUAUCGCGGCGAUAAAGUGGGCGUGUUCUGGAAUGAGAAAGAAGACGCGCCGGAAAACGUCGUCGAUCGCGAACACUGGACAGAUUUUUUCGUGCAGUGGUCGCCACUCGGAACAUACCUCACUUCGCUUCACGGGCAAGGCGUGCAGCUCUGGGGUGGAAAAUCUUGGCACAGGCAGAAGCGGUUCGCGCAUCCUGGCGUGAACUUGGUCGAUUAUUCUCCCAACGAGAAGUACCUCGUUACUUGGUCCCAUCGCCCGCUACAAGUUGAUGAGAACCACCCGGUCCCAACUCUUUCACUUGAGGAGGAUGGCAAGAACUAUAUCAUCUGGGACAUUGCCACUGGGAAGCCUCUUCGUUCUUUCGUCACACUUGACGUCCCAAGCUCGCAAAUGGACGAUGCGGGUCAACCUAUUAAGAAGAAGAUGCAAUGGCCAACCUUCAAAUGGUCCUCGGACGACAAGUAUGUCGCUCGAAUGACGCAAGGGCAAUCGAUAUCAGUUUAUGAGACCCCACGGAUGAAUCUUCUUGAGAAGACCAGCAUCAAGAUUGAAGGCGUCAUGGACUUUGAGUGGGCUCCUGCCCUUCCUCGCCGCGAUGGUGUCAAGACAUAUGAACAGCUUUUCUGCUACUGGACACCUGAGUUAGGCUCUAAUCCUGCAAAAGUUGGCCUGAUGAGCGUUCCAUCGAAAGAGGUUGUACGCACGAGAAAUCUGUUCAAUGUUUCAGACGCCAAACUUCAUUGGCAAUCUGAAGCCGCGUACGUGUGUGUAAAAGUUGAUCGUCAUUCAAAGUCAAAGAAGUCGCUCGCCACUAACCUUGAAAUCUUUCGCGUCCGCGAGAAAGGCGUCCCAGUCGAGGUCGUUGAGGCCAUCAAAGAAACUGUGAUCAACUUUGCCUGGGAACCAAAAGGCAACCGCUUCGUGCUGAUUACAACGGGCGAAAUACCCGCCGCAGGUGUGGCUGUUCCACCUAAGACCUCAGUCUCUUUCUUCGCUCCUGAGCGAACAAAGAGUGGUAUUCCCGGCAACUUUCACCAUGUACGAACGGUCGACAAGAAAAAUAGCAAUGCCAUUUUCUGGUCGCCCAAGGGUCGUUUCGUCGUUGUAGCCACUCUCCAAUCCCAGCAGAGUUUCGAUCUCGAUUUCUGGGAUUUGAGCUUCGAGAAGUCCAAAGAAGAGAAGGAUAAAGACAGUGAUAAGGAUUUGAUGUGUAGUCUUCAACUCAUGAACACUGGUGAUCAUUAUGGUGUUACUGAUGUUGAGUGGGAUCCAACUGGCAGAUACGUAGCCACCGUAGCAUCAGCAUUCCGACAUGGUAUGGAAAACGGUUAUCACAUUUACGAUUUCAAAGGAACUCUUCUCCGGGAAGAGCCUGUCGAGCGUUUCAAGCAAUUUCUCUGGCGCCCACGCCCUGCAACACUUCUUUCCAAGGAAGAACAAUCCGAGAUUCGCCGCAAUCUGCGCAAUUACAGCCGAAUAUUCGACGAGCAGGAUCUGGCUAAGAAGAACACAGCGAAUCGUGCUGUGGUUGAGGCGCGUAGGAGGCAGCUUGAGGAGUGGCUUGCAUGGCGCGAGCGAGCUAUCGAGGAGGUACGCGAGGAUGAAGAGGAUAUGGGUAUUGACCAUUCGGAAGAAGAAAAGAAGGAGCAGGAAGAGGAACGGAAGGGCGAGGAAAUUGAAGAGGUUGUGGAGGAGAUCAUUGAUGAGACUGAGGAGGUCGCGUAAAAUGAAUAGGGCAUAGUACGUACAAACUGUGCCAUAUAAAUAAAUGUCGUGGGUUUCACAGAGCCCGUAAGGUCAAUGCCAGAAACCUCUAUUGAAAGGAACGUAUUUUCAAACAUCUGGCCUGGGAGUGGAUAUGCGUUGGUGAUCCACACCUCCAAGAUGAAGGAUCUGACAUUAAAUACAAUGCUGCUGAAUACCACAUUGUACUUUCUUUUCCGUCAAAUGUCGACCCGACCUUAGCCUUGGUAGAUACGCGUGUAUUAGGAUCUCGCUUUCCUGUC